CUAAGGAAGAAGAAGAAGAAGAAGCUAGCAGGUGCCUGCUUCGUAUCUGUUGCUAGUGUCCUCUCAGGAUAAAUUACAGCUGUCUUCCUCUUCUGCCUGCCAGGAUGGCACAGUGGGGUGCAGUGUUCUCGAUAAUUGCUGCUCUCGGAGGAGCGGCUCUCUUAGGCUCUGUGCACAAGAUCGAUGAGGGACACACUGGUGUUUACUACAGAGGAGGGGCUCUCCUGACCACCACCAGCGGCCCUGGUUUCCAUCUCAUGCUUCCAUUCAUCACCACCUACAAGUCUGUCCAGACGACGUUGCAGACAGAUGAGGUGAAGAAUGUACCGUGUGGCACAGGUGGAGGAGUGAUGAUUUACUUUGACCGUAUAGAAGUGGUGAACUUCCUCGUCCCAUCAGCAGUGUACGACAUAGUGAGGAACUUCACGGCAGACUACGACAAAGCUUUGAUAUUUAACAAAGUUCACCAUGAGCUCAACCAGUUCUGCAGUGUCCACUCACUGCAGGAGGUCUACAUCGGCUUGUUUGACCAAAUCGACGAAAACUUGAAGUUGACUCUACAAGAGGACCUAACAUCCAUGGCUCCUGGACUCAUCAUACAGGCAGUCCGUGUCACAAAGCCCAAUAUCCCAGAGAGCAUUCGCAGGAACUACGAGCUAAUGGAGAGCGAGAAGACGAAACUGCUGAUCUCUCAACAGACACAGAAGGUUGUGGAGAAGGAGGCAGAAACGGAAAGGAUCAAAGCUAUCAUAGAGGCUGAGAAAGUGGCACAAGUGUCUGAGAUCAAGUUUGGACAGAAAGUCAUGGAGAAGGAAACGGAGAAAAAGAUCUCUGAAAUCGAAGACAGCGGUUACUUGGCCCGGCAGAAAGCCAAGGCAGAUGCAGAGUUUUACACGUCAAAGAGGGCUGCCGAGGCCAAUAAGCUGAAGUUAACACCAGAGUACCUGCAGCUAAUGAAGUACAAGGCCAUCGCAUCCAACAACAAAAUCUACUUCGGGAAUGAAAUUCCCCAGAUGUUUGUGGACUCUGGCUCUGCAGGGAGCUCGAUCAAGGCCUCUGCAGCCAAGGACAUCGUUGCUGAGCAGAUCCUGGACCUGGACUAGUGAGGGACCGCCCAGACUGAGUGGAAGGACUGUCUGCUGGAGGGCAGGCGCCCGGCCCACAGGCUGGCUGGCAACUUAUCCCUCUGACUCGAAGAGGCUCUGCUGACCUGGGUCUGUAUUUCUCAAACACUUCAGAAUAACUGCUAUAAAUCACACUGUUAGUAUGACUACCAUGUCAUAUUCUCCAACCUCAGAGCAGAGGAGUUCAUUUCAGAGGCUUCCUAAGCUUCUACUUUCAUUCUGAUAGAGAAUGAGAUUGUCUAGACGGACUAUUAAAUUAUGUGAAAGAGAAACUAAAUAAAAUGGCAUCAUCCGUGGGUGUAUAAUUGGCUACUUUUAAAACCGUCAUUUAGCCGAAACCACCAUGUUAAGCAACUCACCCUCCUGCUGCUCAGCUCCGCGUAUCAACUGUGCCCAGUUCAUUUAGCCACAACAUCAAGGAUCACAAAUCCAUUACUACCUAUGUGUUCAUACUGUGUUAGCCAUUCACAAGCCUGUGUUCUCAUUGAGCAUUUGAGUUGGUUGAAAAAUUGGGUUUUAAAUAUUCACUUAAAAUGGCUAAACGUCUGAGGCUAAAGCUGCAUGUUACAGGCAAAAAGUCAUCGGUUUAUGACUCAUGCAGAAGACGUGAAGCUUGUCGGGGACGGGCUUCUUUUUUCUCUGUAACCUCACAAAGGAAUGUAGUUGGUCAGUGGUGCUAUGCUAAUUAUUUGCCUUGAAAGUAAUGCUACUGUAGGUGGUAAACUAGUUAGCUGGAUAUGCUAACAGAUGGUGCAGAUCAACACAAAGAUGAAUACAUUUCUUGUGUUUUUGGUUUUGAAAAAGGUGAUGCAGAAGUUUUACCAAACUUUUUAAAAGUGUCAUAUCACUCUUUCUGCAACCCAAAGCACACUAUUAAAGGACCGUCGCUGUUUAAUGGCGGGAUUUUGCUAACGCUCAAUGGCAACAAUGUUUUGUGAAUGAAGCCGUUGCGUCCCAAUAAAAAUAAACCUUUUAACCCGCUACAUGCCUCCACUACACUCUCACAUGUCUGGGUGGGAAAGCUCUGCAGCUCCGCUACAUCCAACAGAACAAGGAACGACUUAAAGAGAUCAAGAAAGUUAUUUAAAUGCUGAUGCUGCUGUAAAUUAGGACCAAAUAUGUGUCGCUCUGAGGACGUUGGAAUGUGAUUUCUUAUUCUGAGUGCUUGAAAAAUACGGGCCCCGACUGUAGACCAAACACAGGGAUGAUGAAUGUACUGUGUCGUAGCUGCUGCCUUUUAGAUUUUAAUAGCAUCACUCGAUUUGUUUUUUGUUUUACUUUUCUGUAAAAAAAUAAAAAAAUCUUUUGUGCACAGGGUUGUUGAAUUUAAAUUGAAUUCGUGCAACUGUUCGAAGUUGUACCACAUGUGCAGUACAUGUAUGUAGCACGUUGGAGAGACUAUAUUUGUGCAUCUGUUUGUUUGGUUCUUAAUGUCUAUUGUGCAGUUUUAUUCCAAACAGGGCCCACUCUGAGAAGUGUGUGUUGGGUUAUGACACGAGCAGCGUUUGUACUCCGGUAUACUCUUAUAUAAAGUCUGUGAUACAGACAUGUGGCCACAUGUCUUCUCAAUGGGCAGUUUUCAGCUAUGUUGGAUGAUUUAACAUAACCACUUCAUGAAUGGUGACAGAAUAUACACAGUAGUGAAUUGGCUUUGAGCCUUUGACAACAUGACCCACUGAAGUAAUCAUAGGAACUGAACUGUACAGAUUAACACUGAAGGACUCGCUGUAGAAAUACUACCGACCUCGUGUGUCACCAUUGUCUGUCGGGGUCCAAGUCAACAGUCUUGACUUGAUCAGGACCAAAAACCAAACUUCACUUAAUGUUUGAUCUCGUGUGUUCUCUGUCUUAGAAUACUAAAGAAAUGCGUCGUCUAAAUACUAAGUUUGUUUCUCAGCAUUUGGCAAUUUUGUUUGUGGGAUUAUUUCAACUGAGUGAUGUGGUGUUCAA